UAAACUAAUUCCUGUCAAAAUACAGUCAAGACCAAACAGUCGUCAGGAAAAUGUUGGGUACAAUCAUUGGGCUGCUGAUUUUAAUCGGCGUAGAGAGCCAUGAAAUUACGCCGCACCAAAUGGCCAGUAGUUUACCAGAAGAACGGCUUGGACUUGCAUGCCCAAUUGAAUUGAAUUACGGUCCUCACUGCAUAUGCGAUUACUGGCCGUACGAAACUUACAACAUCUACUGCAACGCAUCAUCACCAGCCGAAUUGGAAACCAUUAAGAAGACAUUCGAGCAGACUCCCAUUGUUGAUCACUACGAGGUUAGAAUCAGCCUCACAGCAUCAAUGUCUAUCCCAGGACAUAUUUUCAGCAACAAGACAGCCGGUUUAAUUUCGUUCGAGUGCAGAGGAGAUGGAACGAAACUCGGUGCUAUCGAUCCUCAAGCGUUCAUAGCUUCAGCUGGAAGGACCAGUUCUUUCCAAAUCAUGUCAUGUGAUUUAACCGAAUUCGACUUCGUUUUUUUGGCUCAAUUACGAGUUCUGGAAACCAUGAGAAUAGCUGAUUGCACCUUGACCACCAUGGCACGGAUGCCUUUGAUGCCGCACAUGCGAAUGAUUGAAUUAUACGCUCCAACCGGACUCCGUGAGUGGCACGAUCCAGCUCAAACUCCAUUCCUCGACACGAUCAUCAUCAAUGCGGCUACGGACACGGAUCAGGACACCAUGGAGACGAUCGUGGACACUUUGCUGUAUUACACGGGCUCACUGACCCGUUUGUACCUGGUCAAUUUGGGAUUGACAAGGAUUCCUCCGGCAGCGAGAAAUUUUACGAACUUAAAUACGCUCGAUUUUAGCGAGAAUCAAAUCAGUACGUUGCCUAGCGGAUCGUUAGCUUUCACGUCAACACUGAAUUCCCUCGGGCUGGCUAAUAUGCCAAUUCAGAAUAUUGAGCCAGAUGCGUUCCAGGGCAACUAUAGAGCAGCGAUGGUGUAUAUGGUAUUCGGUAAGUUAAUUGCGUUCCCACGAGAAACGUUCGAAGAACUGUUGGAGCAGAUGAUUCAAGCAUCCGGCUCUAUUGACAUUUAUGGAAAUCCCAUUGUGUGUGAUGAUUGCCACUUAGGUUGGCUCAUCAAUGAAAAGAGACACUUGUUGACGAGAGUAUCGGGAACGUGCGCCAAUGGGACUAUGUUCGAUCAACUAGAUUCACAAGCCUAUGAUACCCGUUGCCAAAAGAGCGCUGCAUUAUUCACCGAGGCAUCCAGUUUUCUCGUGAUUCUUGUCCUUCUUUUCCAUUUUCUAAUUGCUCAAAAUAAAUAGCGAAAUUCGAUUGACCCAA